AUGAGGGUUACUCCUUUAGAUGAUAUAGCAACAGAAGGUAAAGGUGAUGCAUUUCAAGAGAAUGAAAAAGGCUGUUCGGCGACAACAAAGUUUUUGCUGUGUCAGAAAACCUUUGGGGAAGAUGUUUUCAAGACGUUUUCUAUACUUCCGAAGGAGUUUUAUGCUUUUGGAAAAAAUUUCGCCUAUGAAGAACAGGGACAUCCAUUUUUACGUACUUCUCAUGAUGCAAGCAUGGAAAAUAUUGCUAAUGUUAUUCAUAGGGAAUGGAAAGUCAAGAGUCCGAAAAUUGUCCUGGUUGUUGUGUCAAACAUUGGGCCCUUGAGUACCUGGACCAAUAAAAGACAGCUAGAACAUUUCCAAGCUGGCCUUAUAAAAGCUGCAAAUACUACAGAAAUGUGGAUUUUUACUCAUGGAACAAAUAUUGGUAUUGCCAGAACCAUCGGAGAUGCGGUUCAUGAUGAACUGUUAAGACGCCAGGCGCUCUUGUGUCACAAACAUCCAAACACCUCAGGACCUUCUUUACCUCCUUUAACAUUAGUUGGUGUCACUAGAGAAGAUAUGAUUGUUUAUGGAGAUAUGCUUGAUGGUCGAGCACAAAGAGUGGAGAUAGAAAAUGAAGGGAACCUGCCAGAAGAGCGUAAAUAUGAGCUUAAUGCUGAUCACUCACAUUUCAUCAUAGUAAGAGAUAGUACAAUAAAUAAGACUGGUCUAAAUCACUUUUUACUUAAAUUUGAACAAUAUUUAGCAUCAGCUGAUUCCGUUCAUUGUGAUAUAGAUGCAACAACUCCUAGGAGGCAUCCAGAUGUGUGUCCUUUAUCAGCCAAUGAAAUUCCUGUUGUAGCUUUGUUAAUUCAAGGAGGUUAUGAUUGUGCUCGUAUGAUUUUAGAGCACCUGAAAAAACAUCUUCCUGUUGUUGUUGUGCGAGGUAGUGGUGGAUUAGCUGAUUUAUUAGCUUAUGCUUAUUUUGAGGUAUCUGAAAGGCCUAGGGGUAUUCAAGAUGCCGAGUUUGUAGAAAAUUUCUUGAAACCUGAACUUGCUAACAAGAUUGCUCACAAUUUUUCUCGAUUUCGAGAAAAUAGCUUGGCCCGAAAUAUCUUUCGAGACCGAAUAAUGGAAUGUGUUCGACAUGCUCAUCAGAAUGGUCUAGAUUACUUAACAGUUCUGAAUCUACACAGUCAUGCAUGCAAUUUAGAAAAUUUAGAUGAACAUCUUUUGCGGGCACUGUUUAAAGCUCAGAGGGCAGACAACACCAAUUGGCAUGCUCAGAUGCAAAAAGAUCUUCAUCUAACAUUAGAUUGGAACAGUCCACAUGUCGCUAUGUCUGAAGUUUUCCUAAAAGAUACGUCUGAUAAGUUUAAAAUUGACAAAAGUGUUUUUGAAGAAGCUCUAACCAGACGGGAUCGAGAAGAUUUUAUUGAUCUCUUCCUAAAUCAAAAGUUUCAAAUUCACAAGUAUCUGACACCUAGGAGACUGAGAGUGUUAUUUGCCAAAUCUAGGAAACAGGAGUUUUUUAAAACUGUGUGCUGGGAAGGAGUUCUAGGACAUGGGUUGGCAAUGAAGUUUGGAAAAAGUUUCAUUGAAUCUGAUUUAAACUUGUUGAUUGAAAUAUGCACGGGUUUCCAUAACUUCAUUAAUACGCAAGAAAUGUCUGUCAAUGCUAUGGGAAUGUAUACAGGAGAUCCUUCUUCAGCAGAGCGUAAAUCGUUGAGCAUAUUAAUUCUCUGGGCAGUCUUUACCAAUAAGCCAAAACUUGUCAAACUGCUAUGGAGGCAUUCUGAGCAACCCAUACAUGUUGCAUUGAUUGUGUCAAUGAUCUAUGAGAAUCUAGAACGCUUUGUGAAUGAUCAAAACUUGCGCCAAGAGCUUUCUUCUCUUAGCAGGGAAUUUUCAGAAAUGGCUGCAGGGGUGUUAGAUGCUAGUAAUCAAGAUUCAUCCUGUAGAGCUUAUGACGUGUUAAGUGAAGAAAGUUCGGAUUGGUCAUACAAAACUGCUGUCGACAUAGCUGCAAAUGCCAAAAAUCGUACCUUUUUAUCCCAUCCUUGUUGUCAAAAAUGGCUCUCCAAUUUGUUCUUGGGUAAUAUAAGGAUUCGUGAUGUGACUUGGGGCGUAGUUACAUUUCCCCAAUGGCUAAAGGUCAUUCUAUGUGCUUUUCUAAUAUUUCCUAUGUAUAUCUGGAUACGAUUUAAAACAGAGCCUAUGCAAUCUUGGGAUUUGAAUAUUGCUUCAGAUGCAGAGUCUGAUGAUGAGAAAGAUGUAACAGAUGGGGAUGAAGAUGCAUUGAUUAAUGAUUCAAAAAAAAAAAAAACUUUUUUUAGGCCUCGCAACAGUAUAGUAUAUCUGAAAAAUCAAAACAAGGCAUUUGAUUUUGGCCAUGGUUAUCAUAGAGAACAAGUUGCUACAUUAUUACGUGAAAAAGAAGUUUUUGUUCAUUCACCACCUCCAAUCCAUCGCAUGAUAUAUCUCAUGUGGAGUGCUCCAAUUACAAAAUUUUGGACAUUCCAAAUAUUUUAUAUGAUAUACCUUGGUUUCUUCAGCAUGGCAGUUUUAUGGCCAUCUUGUGGAAACAAAGAACUUGACAUCAUUGUUUGCUCAUGGACUUCAUUAAUAGUAAUUGAGUAUGUUCGACGUACAUAUAUUUUAUACAAGAAAUAUACUAGUGUGCCUCUCUUUUUCAAAUGUGUUGAAAUACUUCUCAUCAUUGUGUUCAUUGUGCUAUACGUCUUAGGAAGAAUUUUAAAUGUUGGUGUGAUAUUUAGUCCUUAUACUGGGAAAGUCAUUCUUUGCAUUGGAUUGCUGUACUUUUUUUAUCGAUUGAUUGCUGUGUAUCUACCUAUUUCGCCAACACUAGGACCACUGCUUUAUAGAGUUCGUCUGAUGGUUUUGGUAGACUUUGUAAAUUUUAUGCGAAUGGUACUACUAGUCAUCAUUAGUGGUGGGAUUGUUAUCCAAGCUGUUUUAUACCCUGACUAUCCUCUUUCAGCUGAGCUUUUCAGACGUACUUUUCAUCGAGCUUGGUUUUCACUUUUCUUGACUCCAAUCCAAGAUUUAGAAGAUAAUGGCAAGUGCAAUGCAACCAAAUCUCACCUUGAAACUGACACCUGUAUUGUUGGCAGAUAUGCAGACUAUACUUGUCCAAAUACUGGUCUGUGGCCUUAUCUGUUUUCCAUCCAGUAUUUUGUACUUCUUAAGCUGAUACUUCUUACACUGCUAUAUGCCUUAUUUAGUGCUACAGCUUCAAAAUUGCAGUCUGAAACUGAUGCUAUUUGGAAGUUUCAGCGAUAUCAACUGGUUGUUGAUUUUUCAAACCGUCUGCGCUUGCCGCCACCUUUAAGCAUUUUCAGCUACAUUUACAUUUUUUUCAAGUGGAUUUAUCGCUGCAUAUUGUGCAAAUGGUGUAAAACACAUGACGAAGCUGAUAUCAAUGUGUUUUUUGAUGCAGCCAAAGGCCAUCGAUUAUCUGAAAAAGAUUAUAAUUACUGGCGUCAGUUAGCUUUAGAGUAUAGUAAAAGGAAAGAAGAGGAAGAGAAUGAAAAACAUAUAUUUAAAAAGCAGAUGGAAGUAAUGAUGACAAUAACUGAAGACGUUGACUAUCAAAAGAAAAUUAUGCAUCAGUUGAAAAGUCGUAUUAAGGAACUGGAUCGCAUGAUGACACAUUCUCAUGUUUAUCUAGAAAAUAUAAAACAUCUCACUGAAAAAAUGCAUGAAAAAGGACUGCAAGCCUACACUUCUAUUCAUAUUUUGUCACGCCACACUCCUUACCCUGGCACUCGUGUGCAACGUUAUCCUGUACCUGAUAAGUACGUCCCUUGGGAAGUUAUGUGGACUGAUUAUGAUCCUGUUGCUUACACAAGACCGAAAACAGAUUUCCCUCUUGCAUUGCAAUGCUAUGUUGAUGAAGACAUUUUAUUGUUGCGAGAAAUUCAGGGAGUUGAAGAAAGUCGGCUUCCAGUCUUUCAAUGGAAUUGUAUUUCUUCAAACCCUGCUGGAAUUAGCAUUGACAGAACAUCUUGGGUUACUGGUGAAAAUGGAACAGAUGUUAUCUAUCAGUUAGAUAGUGAAAGAGUGCCCAGAAAUGUUUAUGGAAGAACUGGUUUAAGAGGUCGUGGAGCAUUACCUCGUUGGGGCCCUAAUCAUUAUGUCUUGAUAAUAAUUUCCAGAUGGCAGAAAAGUGGAAGACAGAAUCUUGAAGUGGUGCUAAUGCGAGGAGAAAGAAGAGAUCACUUGUCUCUACCCGGUGGUUUUGUACCAGGAGAGCAUAAAUAUGAUGUGAUAAGAUCAUUGUUUAAAACCAAGGAACUAAAUCCUUCUCCUUGGGAUACACAAGAAAAUAUGUUAAAUUUUUUCAAGAACUGCUGUGAAGUUCUGCAGGAAGAUGAAGAAAUACCUCUAGAAGUCAAAUGUGAAAUGGUGAAACGUGGGUAUAUGGAUGAUCCGUGGAACACAGACCAAGCUUGGCGAGAGGUGGAGUUGUGGCAUAUUCAUUACAGUGGGAAUGAAAAUCUUUCCCAGUCAUUUCAGUCGAUGCUGUCUUGGCGUGUCAUCACUGAAGAUGUAUAUGUUAAACUGCCUUCAGGUCAAUCAUUAUUACUUCAAGAAGCUAUUCAAAAGCUACAGCCAGUAAUUUCAUAGAGGAUUUGUACUUCUG